AAAGAAUCUAUGUUGUGACAUCCAAUUGAUUCUUUCUAGGUUUGACAUAUAUAGUCUAGGUAGAUUUGGUAAGGUUGUCCGUGUCUCCAGGAAGGACCUCUACACAUGUUCUUGAAAAUGCAUGCAAUUUAUAGUUAGUUUAUAAAGCUAUUGUGAAAUGUAUUUUAUUGCCAGCUUGCGCAUUAACAUUUUCAUUAAGAAAAUGUACACGUUGCUUAGGUGUCGUUGCGUUGUAAUUAAAUUACCUUCUCACUGAGUAUUUCUGUUUCAGUUCGCCAUAUCAAUAAGUACUUAGCAGCUGACGCCAGUGUUGUAUGUUUUCCCUGGAUAUAGCAAAACAAACUACAAUGGCAGCUUGGUAACUUAAGUUAUUGGUCAAAUAUACUUCACAGCAUCUUGGGAGAACCAUGUCCUCGAAAUUCGGAAUGUUCCUUCAGCGGUUUGUAAACGCUGCCAGGUUGUCGCUGCCUCUAAGGUUGUCUUCGAAAGGGAUGCAUGUUCGUGUCACCAAAAAUCCGGUAUCUUUCGCAAAACAUAGAAGCAUUCCCUGGAUUUUCACUCGCUACAGAUUUUACAGCACUUGCACAGGACAGAGCAGUUUCUCGCCCAGGACUCACGCCUGUGCGGAAAUCCGCCCCAAACACGUUGGCGAGGAGGUGACCCUAUGUGGGUGGAUCCAGUACCGUAGACAUGACUUGUUUGUCAUCCUGAGAGACUUCAGUGGUCUGAUACAGCUCCUUAUCCCACAAGAUGAGUCUUUAGUGCAUUUGAAGAACACUCUCUGUGGUCUACCACUUGAGUCUGUCAUCAAGGUAACCGGAAAGGUCAUCCAUCGUCCACCAGGGCAGGAGAACAAGGAGAUGCCCACUGGAGCGAUUGAAGUCUGUGUUGGGAGUCUCAAGGUCUUAAAUGUCUGCAAAAAGUUGCCCUUUGAAAUCAAAGACUUUGUAAAAAAGUCUGAGUCCCUGCGUAUGCAGUACCGCUACCUGGACCUCCGUUCUGCUCAAAUGCAGUCCAACCUUAGGCUGAGGUCUCAGCUUGUGAUGAAAAUGAGAGAGUUUCUUUGCAAUAUACACGGGUUCGUUGAUGUUGAAACCCCCACCUUAUUUAAGCGGACCCCUGGAGGUGCAAAGGAGUUUUUGGUGCCCUCUCGGGAUCCUGGUCGAUUUUACUCACUCCCGCAGAGUCCACAGCAGUUUAAACAGCUGCUAAUGGUGGCUGGCCUCGACAGGUAUUUCCAGGUGGCUCGCUGCUACAGAGAUGAGGGUUCCAAGCCUGACAGACAGCCUGAAUUCACACAGGUGGACAUAGAAAUGUCCUUUGUGGAUCAGACGGGGAUCCAGACUCUGGUAGAGGGUCUAAUUCAGCACUGCUGGCCGGAGGCGAUGUGCCCUGUCUCUGUGCCCUUCCCCUCCCUCACCUACGCUGAUGCGAUGAGGGAGUACGGGGUGGAUAAACCUGACACCCGAUUCGGAAUGAAGCUUGUGGAUGUGAGUGAGACAUUCCGUGGCACAGAGGUGGGGUUCCUGAGGGAAGCUGUCAAUCACCCUGAGGGGUGUGUCCAGGCAAUCUGUGUGCCUGGUGGGGCGACACAUUUGAAGAAUAAGGAUUUGGAAUCCAUUAAACAAACAGCCCAGGCCCAGUUCAACCAGGAACUGAGUGUGGUUGUGCUGAAGGCAGACGGCUCAUGGAAAUCUCCCCUAAGCAAACACUUAUCCGACUCGGUGAAGCAGCAGCUGCUUCAGAAAAUGGAGGCUGAAGCUGGAGACCUGCUGCUUUUGGCCGCUGGUGCGGCAGAGGGUGUGCGCCCCCUCCUGGGGAAACUGAGGCUGCAGUGCGCCGAGCUGCUGGAGGCCCAGGGAGUAGCCAUCAGGGACCCUUCUGCCUUUCACUUCCUGUGGGUGGUGGACUUUCCCCUGUUCCUCCCCAAAGAGGAGGACCCAGGGCGGCUGGAGUCUGCUCACCACCCCUUCACCGCACCCCACCCUGAGGAUGCAGCGCUCCUGUACUCUGAGCCACACAAGGUCCGCAGCCAGCAUUAUGACUUGGUUCUGAAUGGAUCUGAGAUCGGAGGGGGAUCCAUCCGCAUUCACAGGGCCUCCAUGCAGCAGUAUGUGCUAGAGAAAGUCCUGAAGGAGGAUUCCUCCCUGCUCUCUCACCUGAUGGAGGCGCUGGACUCUGGUGCUCCCCCGCACGGAGGGAUUGCAUUGGGCUUGGACCGCCUGGUGGCCAUCAUAGUGGGCGCUCCCAGCAUUAGGGACGUGAUCGCGUUCCCCAAAUCCUUCCGGGGUCAUGACCUUAUGAGCGGCGCCCCAGACUUUGUCUCUGAGGAGGAGCUGAAGCCCUACCACAUUAGUGUGAACUGGCCCACAGAGGACCAGGGAGUCGAGGGGAACUAGGCACCCAGACAUUAUGGACGGUGUGUAAUUCUAAUCAGUGCCUGUUGAGAAUAUCCUUUUAUGAUUAAAUGUAUAAUUUUGAUUUAAUACAAUUUCAGUUAAAUCUUUUCAUAUAGGUUUUACUUAUGUGUCAUUCAUUAUUCUAGAUGGGGAAACACGGAAAACGAUACUGACAGCUGAAACUGACCAAUAGCUUUAAACAUUGGAUGGAAUUCCUGUUCAUAUUGAGCCAAUCAGAAAAGGUUAGAAAAUGGUAUAAAUGUUCCAGCACAAUGCAGUGGAUUACACUGUAGCGGGGAGUAAAUGCAUCUAGCGUUUGAUGAAUUACAUUAUUUUCCACAGCCUGAAAAGUGCUAACACAAGUUAGCACUAUUGUUAAUAAAGGUGUUGGUUUUAUAUUA